AAAGAAGCUGAAGAAUGCCAAGCUCUUGAACUCAAAGCCAGUUUGCACCCUCUUAUGCACAAGUUUGUAUUUUGGUGCCCUCGUCGAACACAGACAUCUUAUGAGGACAACAUAAAGAAAAUCAUUGAGUUCAGUUCCCAUUACUGUAUUCCUGUCGAAGGUUUUUAGGUCUGCAAUUGCCACUUGGCUUGACCUUCUCUAUUGCCUACUAGCCCUACUGAUCUUCAUCUUUUCAAGCAAGGAAUCCGCCCUCUAUGGGAGGACUCUGCUAACUGCAAUGGUGGCGAGUGGAUAAUGAGAUUCAAGAAGAUUGUCUCCGGUCGCUUUUGGGACGAUCUGGUUCUUGCCCUGGUAGGUGAUCAACUUGAUUACAGUGAUGACAUAUGCGGUGCAGUGCCUCGUGAAAGGAGUGAUGGCGUUAAGAGGUGCAUUCAAAUUCAAAAGUCACUUAAGCUUUGA